UUUUACUUCACUUUUAUUAAAACGAUGCGGGUUAAUAUAUACUCAUAUAUUAUUUUCAUCAUUUCGUUGCUAUGGAUGGCUGCCAUGGUGACAUGUCUUAUUUGCCAGUUCCCGCAUUGUGAGAGGGUCGACUGUGAGCCGGUAACCAACUGUACGGGGGAGGUGAAGUCUUCCGGUGGUGGAUACUGUGGCUGCUGCGCCGCAUGCUUCACAUAUAUAGGUCAUAACGAGCCCUGUGAGCUGAAGGAAGGCGUAGAGGCCUUAUUGUAUCCACAGACGGCUGUCUGCGACAAAGGCUUGUACUGUGAAGGCAAUAGCUCCUCCACCUGCCAGCCCUUUCCCGGAAUCGAAUUUGGAUGAUGCAGACGACGAUAUUUUUCCACGGAUGGUGGGCUGUAAUUGCAUGGCUUAGUUUUGAAUAAAUAUGGUGGACAAA